UGAAGGGAGGGUUUGUGCCAAAGAUACUCCUCGGUUUGUGCGAAGUUUUGCUGCGAGUUGCUUCAUCCUCACUGGAGGGCGCGCUCCGCCAUUCGCCGUUGUGCAGCGGUGGCUCUCCCUCCCCGGCUGUUUUAACCGACGUAUGUCCCUGUUAGUGGGGUUGCUGUGCAGUUCAUCGUCGCUUUAAGGCCGGUGCUGGUGGCGUAUCGUACGGACUCGCUGCAACUCCAGUCCGGGGCUCAACUCUGGCUGGGCCUCCAUCGACGGUUUAAAAAUAUCCUUGAAGGAAUAUCAUCAAAGGAUUUGGAAGCAAAAUGUCGAUAAUGGGGUUAAAGAAAAAACAACCUAAAACCUUUAAAGUUAAGGUUAUUACCAUGGAUGCAGAAAUGGAAUUCAGUUGUGAGGUGAAGUGGAAAGGAAAAGACCUUUUUGACUUGGUGUGUCGAACAAUUGGAUUACGGGAAACCUGGUUCUUUGGACUGCAAUUCAUUGUAAAAGAUACAUUUGCAUGGUUAAAAACGGAGAAGAGGGUGCUGGAUCAAGAGGUACCGAAGGAGGAUCCAAUUACAUUUCACUUCCUGGCUAAAUUUUAUCCUGAGAAGGUGGAAGAAGAACUUGUCCAAGAAAUCACCCAGCACCUUUUUUUCCUGCAGGUGAAGAAACAGAUUUUGGAUGAGGAGAUUUACUGUUCCCCCGAGGCUUCUGUUCUGCUGGCAUCUUAUGCUGUUCAAGCAAAGUAUGGUGACUAUGAUCCAAAUUUUCAUAAACCUGGUUUCCUGGCUCAGGAUGAACUACUACCAAAAAGAGUUCUUAAACAAUAUCAAAUGACAGCAGAUAUGUGGGAAGAAAAGAUAACAGCCUGGUAUGCUGAGCACAGGGGAAUCGCCAGAGACGAAGCUGAAAUGGAAUAUUUGAAGAUUGCGCAGGACCUAGAAAUGUACGGAGUAAAUUAUUUCCCAAUCACACAAAAUAAAAGGGACACCGACUUGCUACUUGGAGUUGAUGCACUUGGUCUUCAUAUCUACAUCCCUGACAACAAGCUGUCAUCUAAGAAGUCAUUCGCAUGGAGUGGAAUCAGAAAUAUUUCCUACAGUGAAAAAGAGUUUACUAUCAAACCCUUGGACAAAAAGGCAGAGGUUUUCAAAUUUUACUCGUCACAGCUCCGUGUGAAUAAAUUGAUUCUGCAGUUGUGUAUUGAAAAUCAUGACCUGUUCAUGAGAAGAAGGAAAGUAGAUUCAAUUGAAGUUCAGCAGAUGAAAGCGCAAGCUAGAGAAGAAAAGGCUAGAAAAAAGAUGGAACGCCAAAGAUUAGCUAGAGAAAAAAAGUUGAGGGAAGAGGCUGAACGAGCAAAAGAAGAUUUGGAGAGACGACUUUACCAAUUACAAGACGAGUCUAGACUAGCAAAUGAGGCACUGAUCCGAUCAGAGGAGACUGCCGAUUUACUUGCUGAGAAGGCACAAAUUGCAGAGGAGGAGGCCAAGUUACUUGCUCAGAAAGCUGCAGAGGCAGAACAGGAACGACAAAGGUUGGAAGUCACAACCCUAAAAACUAAAGAGGAGAAGCGUCUCAUGGAACAGAAGAUGCGAGAAGCAGAGUUGAUAGCUGUCAAGCUAGUGGAGGAAUCGGAGAGGAGGUCUAAGGAAGCAGAACAACUAAAGCAAGAUCUAAAUGAAGCUAGAGAGGCAGAGAGAAGAGCCAAGCACAGACUGCUGGAGAUUACAAAACCCAGUUAUCCGGUUAUUGCUUCAUAUUCGGCUCAUCCUCCUGCUGAUGUUGGUGAUCUUAAUUUAGAAUCCGGAUCUUUUAAAUUUGAUUUCAAGGAUACUGAUAUGAAGCGACUAUCCAUGGAGAUAGAACGAGAACGUGUGGAAUAUAUGGAAAAAAGCAAACACCUACAAGAGCAGUUGAAGGAGCUCAAAACUGAAAUUGAGGCUCUGAAACUAGAGGAACGACAAGCUAACAUGGGCAUCCCUACCAAUGCGACUAUGGAAUUUUCUGAUAAUGCUUACACACCACUCAGUAAUGACGCAAAGUGCUGGAGUAACUCAGCGGGUCAGACAACAUUUCUGGAGAACAUGGAUAGGUGACAUUUUGGCUUAAUUUACAGAGUGUAACUGCAAAGACACAAGUGGCCUUUUUGGAAGAACUCUAGCAUGCACAAAACUGCCUGGUCCGCAAGUGAAUUUGAUGAUCUACCUGCAUUCCAGAGCCAAGACGUGAAUUGAGCACAAUGUUUUCAAUGUACUUGUGUAUUUUGUUUUAUAAAGGAAAUUUAACACUGCUUGAAAUUGCAAAUAUAACUGAGUACUGCACAGACUUGUGUAUUCGGGUCACUGAGCAUAUAUAGCCACACUAAAUGGGAAAUGUUACUAAUAAUUCCCAGUUACAACACUAAAUGCUAGUGCCUUUGCUGUUCAUUUUACAAGUAACUGUGAAUUAAUGGAAUUCUUUCGCACUUCAAUCUGAUAUUUAGCUGUCCAUAGAAAAAGUUAUUUAUUCACAAACUGUCAAAAACGUGCUGUAAUAAUUAUUUUCACUGCUCAUACAAAAACCAGUAGUGAAUAUGAAGAUAUUAAUUUAAAAAAUAAUUUCCACCAUUUUAUUUCAAUGUUCUUCAUUUUGUGUUUUAUUUAACAUUACUUUGGUGGGACUGUAUUGAAGUAUUACACAAAGCCAUUGCUUCCUAAUGAAUAGCAAACCCAUGUAAUUUGCAGCUAUUUAAAACUCCAUUAAACUAUAUUUGUAAUUAGAUUAAUGUUAACAAUUCAACAUGUUAACAUUGAAAAUGAUAAUAGUAUGAAUGUACCAGAAUAUGUUAUUCAUCUAUAACUCAGUUUAAUUAGACAUGUUAUAAGGUCAAAUAUAGAACAUAUGACCAUACCUGUAAACAAGUGCACAUGGAAUGUAGAAAAAUGUUGAAACGAGGAACUGCAGAUGCUGAUUAACAAAAAGGUCAUAAUGCUGGAGUAAUUCAACAGGUCCAGGCAGCAUCUCUGGAGAACAUGGAUAGGUGAUGCUUUGGGUGGGGUUCCUUCAGACCGAUGCACAUGGGAUGCAUUGGAUUGGUGGUUACACAACCAUGGACACCAAUAGACCUUUUAAAUUCUGACAAAAUUAUAAAAUCAGAUCCUGUCUUCCCUGUAACCAGAUUAUUUUGUUUAUUGCACUCACCUUUUUGACCUGGUGGAGUUAAAAUUAUCCUUUUAGUGCAUGCCCAUUAUUCCUUUUUCAAUUACAUUUUAUUCAGAAAAAUAUUAUUAGAGCUAUAAAAAGAUGAAUUCAAUAUCUUACGUUUUUGCUUGAAAAGGAUUCAAGCAGGUUUGCAUGAUUUUUAUGUAUGGACUUUGCACACUAAUUUGGUGGUUUCCAUUGAAUUGUUGGAGGGAAGAAACACAAAAAAAAUCAGGUUCCCAGUCAAUUCAAAUUUACUGGAUGUAUAGUUUGGCAUUACUACCCAGGAAUGUGCAUUUUUGCAAAGAUUCAAUGAUGAGAAUGUUCAUUCUUAACCAAGAAUAAUGAUGGUUUUAAAAGCAGAAAAUGCUGUGAACGCAGGCCACAUCUGUGGGAAGGCGAACAGCUUGAAGAAUCUUUAUCGAAACAGACAAAUGAAACAAUUUUGUGGUUUUGAUGAAAUAUCACAGAACUGAAACACUCUUACUUUUAUUUUCCAAACAUAUAGCCUGACUUGCUGUUACCUGCAUUUUCUGGUUUUAUUUGCGAUUUCCAGCAUCUGCAGUUUUUGACUUUCCUUGAGUUUUGUGACUGGUGGAAAAUUAAUGUGGGAAAGAACUCCUGUUAUUGAAAAUGCAAGAUUCUCUAAAAGGAGCCAUUUUUAAUUCACAUGAAGAAACACAGGAGCAGCAUGAUUUGAUGUCAAUUUUCUUUUUCAAAGUGGAUGGAACUUUUAUUUUAUAGAAGGUCUACAUUUUUGUUUUAGAAAUAUUAGCAGCAAUGUGAGAAACUGAUUUGCCUUUUUAAAUUUCACCUGAACACAUUUUUUCCUGUAUAACUGUUACUCUUGUACAGCUUACAAUGCCAAAAUAACCUCUUGGGGAAAAAUGAGAAUUUAAAACAUAUGCUUUGACUUUAUUUUCUUUUAAAAAAAUUGUGACGAAACUAAGCAUAUAAACAUGCUGACUGAAGUUUAAUUUUAUUGCAUAUUUUUCAUUGACUGAUUUUUCAUGAUUCAUGAUUCAAAAAAUAUCUUUGUACAUGCCAUUGAAAUUGGUAUGAAAGCUAUUAUAAAUGAAGGAGCUUCCUUUUUUUAGCCAACCGUUUGGUAGCAUUACCCUCCCCCCCCCCCCCAAAGAUUCAUAAAUACUGAAUUUUUAACAUUCAGACACAACAGAUCAUGUGACCUCCAUAAUCAGUCAGUGGAUAACUGCACUAUGCUGGCUGGUACUGAGCCUUGUAGAUUAGAAUGAAUAUAGGCAUCACUUCUCUUGUGCUUUAACUAUGAAGUGUGCUGGAAUUAGAUUUGGUGCUCCAAGGUACUGUACAACCAGGGACUUUCAAUAUAAAAAAUGCAUAAAUUCCACAACUAUAAUUUUUUAUUAGUAUUGUAAAGUUAAAAUGAAUAAAUUGUUUGGGUUUAAUCUUUGUAGAUGGCUAGUGACACAAUCAAUUGAGCAAAUAUGAGUCCUGAAUUUAAUGCUAAAUGGCGUUGGGGGGACGGACAACGGGGUGUAAUCUUGGUAUCAUCACUUUAGGAAAGCCAGAUUCCUGCUUGACAUGCUAACAUUAUUGACAAGACAGUUUGUGUUGAUCCUAAUUCCAAGUAUCUAAAAAGAACCAUCUGUAUAAGGUACAUCUUGUUUUGGGGAAAGACAACUGUGGAAAAUGGGUAACACGAACAUAAGACAAGCCAUUAACAAAAUUAUUGGAAUGCUAUAUUUGAGCAUGCUAAGUAUUCCCAUGAAACAUGUUCAUUAGGAUGGGUAUUUUGUUUGGUCUUAUUAAUAAAAGCAAUGAUAUAUUUGGUUCCAUUGAUAUCACUAACCAAAGAUUUUUAUUUAAUCAUGUUAAUUUUAUGGAAUACACAAACCUUUGCACUUCUAAACUAUCAAUUAACUUUAAAACCAAUGGUGGGCGCUUCUGGUAUGUUAGGAGCAUGUCAGUACUUUAUGCACUGCAUGCGGCGGUACUGUCUUGAAGCAAGGUUAAAGAACAUUAUAAACAUUGCCAGUCCCUUUAAUGUCUUCGUUUUAAUCUUUUAUAUUUUCUAAAAUUUGCUGCUUUUUACCUAACAAUUUAUUGUCCAAGUUUGUACAAAUUUAUUUAAUUUGUAUUGCAUUAGAAAGUGGUAAUUGUAUUUUUCUGCAUUAUUUCCAGGAUUUAUGCAAACUUCCUUACACCUGUAUCAGGAAAUAAGGGAAACUGUAAAUUGAUUUGUAUAUUCCUGAACUGUAUAUUCAAUAAACUGUAUAUCCAUAA